AUGCCGCCCAAGUCGAGAUUCACGAGGCUGGAUGCCUUUACAAAGACGGUUGACGAGGCGCGAAUCCGCACUACAAGCGGUGGUGUCGUGACGAUUGUAUCGCUUCUCGUCGUUCUCUUCCUGUCUUGGGGAGAAUGGGCCGACUAUCGACGAGUCGUGGUACGCCCAGAAUUGGUGGUAGACAAGAGCAGAGGAGAGCGAAUGCAAAUCCACCUCAACAUGACCUUUCCUCGAAUGCCUUGCGAGCUCCUCACCCUCGAUGUCAUGGAUGUGUCUGGGGAGCAACAGCACGGGGUAUCCCAUGGUGUGAAGAAUGUCCGCCUUCGUCCUGAAUCCAAAGGUGGCGGCGUCAUUGACAUCAAGUCUAUGAAGGUCCACGACGAUUCUGCCGAGCAUCUGGAUCCCUCUUAUUGUGGUGGAUGUUACGGUGCUACUGCGCCCCCCAACGCACGAAAAGCAGGGUGCUGCAAUACCUGCGAUGAAGUCCGAGAGGCGUACUCAAUCCAGGGCUGGGCGUUUGGCAGGGGGGAAAACGUCGAGCAGUGUACCCGUGAGCACUAUGCCGAAAGGUUGGAUGAACAACGUGAAGAGGGUUGCCGCGUCGAGGGCCAUCUCGAGGUCAACAAAGUUGUUGGAAACUUUCAUCUUGCCCCUGGUCGCAGCUUCAGCAACGGCAACUUGCAUGUUCACGACCUCAAGAAUUACUGGGAGGCCCCCAACGGCAGGCAGCACGACUUCACGCACACCAUCCACCAGUUGCGUUUCGGCCCCCAGCUUCCUGCCGCAGUUUUCGAACGACAGGGCAAGAAUUCUAUGCCUUGGACAAAUCAUCAUCUUAACCCUCUGGACGGCACCAAGCAGGAGACUAACGACCCAGCCUUCAACUACAUGUAUUUCGUCAAGAUUGUGCCCACGUCGUACCUGCCCCUCGGUUGGGAGAAGAAACUCAAUGGCGCGGCUGGGUCGACGUAUGGUAAUGCCGAUGGCAGCAUUGAGACUCACCAGUACUCGGUCACUAGCCACAAGCGGAGUCUCGAGGGAGGCAACGAUGCCGCUGAGGGUCACGCAGAACGUCAGCAUUCGCAGGGCGGCAUUCCUGGCGUCUUCUUUUCAUAUGACAUUUCUCCCAUGAAGGUCAUUAAUAGAGAGGAGCCGGCCAAGACCUUCACUGGUUUCCUUGCAGGUCUCUGCGCGAUCGUCGGCGGCACGCUCACGGUCGCGGCUGCUAUUGACCGUGGGCUGUUCGAGGGUGCCGCGAGACUGAAGAAGAUGCGGUCAAAGGACUUGUAA